AUGCUUUUAUUGAGAGAUUGUGGGAAAAUCAUGUUUGGUGAGAGAUACACGAUCUACUCUGAGAAAGAUGGCCAAGCAUGUUUGGACCACGAUAGACUGUCUGGUGAAGGUGUGACUCCACAAGAAUAUGUAGGUAUCAAAAUCAAGGUUGACGAGUUUGCUCCAGAGGCUAAGAAGCCUGAGACCAUGUAUGGUCAAACCACUUGUUUCGUUAGUCCAAAGAUAGAUUAUGGUAUCUUUGAUGCAGGAAAUGGUGAUUUCUAUAUUACUACUGAACGUGCUUUCAAAAACAUGUCCUUCCAAAACUUGACACCAAAACGAGGCUACUACAAACCAGUUGUUACAAUCAAUACAGUUAAACCUAAUAAAGGUACUGGUGUAGUCACUUGUGUUCCAUCGGGUUCCCCAGAUGAUUUUGUCACAACAAGGGAUCUUGCAAACAAACCAGAGUAUUAUGUCAGCGAGUUUUUGGUCAAUGAGCUCAAGAUCCAGUCUCCAAAGGAUGCAUUGAAAUUAGCUGAGGCCAAAGAGUUGGCUUAUAAGGAAGAUUUCUACAAUGGUACGAUGAUUAUCGGUAAAUAUUCAGUAAAAGUGAAGGCUGACUUGAUCGCAUCUGGCGAAGCAUUUGUUUAUAGUGAACCAGAAAAUCAAGUCAUUUCUAGAUCUGGUGACGAUUGUUGUGUUUCUUUAGAAGACCAGUGGUACAUUGAUUAUGGUGAAGAGGUAUGGAUGGGUCAAGCACUCGAUUGUCUUAAAGAUAUGGAGACUUUCGCCAAGGAAACUAGACACGGUUUUGAAGGUGUUCUUGCAUGGAUGAAGAACUGGGCUGUGACUAGAAAGUUUGGUUUGGGUACCAAGUUACCAUGGGAUGACCAAUACUUGGUUGAGUCAUUGUCUGACUCGACGAUUUACAUGGCCUACUAUACAAUUGAUAGAUUCUUGCAUUCCGACUAUUACGGUCAAGUGCCAGGUAAGUUCAACAUUAAACCUGAGUUGAUGACUGAUGAAGUUUUUGAUUAUAUUUUCACCCGUCGUGACGAAGUUGAGACCGAGAUUCCAAUGGAACAAUUGAAAGAAAUGAGAAGAGAAUUUGAGUAUUUUUACCCAUUGGAUGUAAGAGUAUCAGGAAAGGAUUUGAUUCCUAACCAUUUGACAUUCUUCAUCUACACACACGUUGCCUUGUUCCCCAAGAGAUUAUGGCCCAAAGGUGUUAGAGCCAACGGUCAUUUGAUGUUGAAUAACGCCAAGAUGGCAAAGUCUACUGGUAACUUUAUGACCUUGGAACAAAUUGUUGAAAAGUUUGGUGCUGACGCGUCAAGAAUAGCAAUGGCUGAUGCUGGUGACACUGUUGAAGAUGCCAACUUUGACGAAGCUAAUGCCAAUGCAGCCAUUUUGAGAUUGACUACCCUUAAGGACUGGUGUGAAGAGGAGUUGAAGAAUCAAAACUUGAGAACAGUCAAUAUACUUUUGAGUAAUUACAAACAAGCAUUGAAGUUUGGUUUGUUUGACUUCCAAAUUGCAAGAGACUUUUACAGAGAAUCUGUCAACUCUUCCUCGAUCGGUAUGCACAAGGACUUGGUUCUCAAGUAUAUUGAGUACCAAGCUUUAUUGUUAGCACCUAUUGCUCCUCACUUUGCUGAGUACCUUUACAAAGAUGUUUUGAAAAAAGAGGGUAGUGUACAAACCGCUGCAUUCCCCAAGCCAUCCAAACCAGUGUCUAAAGCAACUUUGGAUUCAUUGGACUAUGUGAGAAAUGUCUCGAGGUCAAUUCGUGAAGUUGAAGGAUUGGGUCUCAAGAAGAAGAAAGGUAAGUCGGACUUCAACGCGGGUGACUCUGUCAAGUUGACUAUCUUGGUCUCCAAUACAUUCCCAGACUGGCAAGAGUCAUAUAUCGAUUUGGUGCGUGAGUUGUUUGAAGCACAGAAAUUAUCCGACAACAACCUCAUCAAGGAGAAAGUUGGAAAAGAUAUGAAGAGAGGAAUGCCAUUCAUCAAUCAAUUGAAAUAUAGAUUGAACACCGAGGACCCCGAGACCGUGUUCAACAGAAAACUUACAUUCAACGAAGUUGAUGUCUUAAACAAAGUUGUCAAGCUUCUAGAAAACGCACCAUUUUCAGUUAAAGUCAAGGACAUGGAAAUCAUUUCAUUCGAUAAUGGUUCUACAAAUGGAAAGAAUGUUUUGACAGGUGAGGAUGUGGAAGUUGAAAUAAAGGGUAAAGUCAAGGAGGCUGCUAUCCCAGGUGAACCAGGAAUUUUAUUGAAAAAGAUUGAUUAG